UCGGAGCUCAGCCGGCCGCCCUGCGUACGCCGCAAGUCGCGCUCUGUCUCCCGGCGCUACAGUCAUGUCGACCGCUAUGAACUUCGGGACCAAGAGCUUCCAGCCUCGGCCGCCAGACAAGGGCAGCUUCCCACUGGAUCACUUCGGUGAAUGUAAAAGCUUUAAAGAGAAAUUCAUGAAGUGUCUCCGGGACAAUAAUUUUGAAAAUGCUCUAUGCAGAAGUGAAUCAAAAGAAUAUUUAGAGUGCAGAAUGGAAAGGCAACUGAUGGCUCGAGAACCGCUGGGAAAACUGGGAUUUGGAGAUUUGGUAGAUGGACAAUCAGAGGCUAAGAGUAAAUUUUGAUGGAUGAGGAGCACUAGCCAUCAGGAGGCACUAUGCGGAGGGCUGUGGUCCGUUCAAAUUUGCCCUGAAGCUGCGUGGAGGUGCCUCCCUGUGUGUGUGGCUCAUAACCAGGGACCUGGCUUGACUUCUGAAGCUCCCAAAUCAUUUUCAUUAAUUGCUGUUCUUUUUAAAUUCUUAUUUUCCUACAAGGGAGUAGUUUAAUCUGUCAAUCCGCAUGCAGCACAGGGUCCCCAGGAAGCGUGCAGCAGGAGGGAAGAGCUCUGGAGUGAUGUCCUGUCUCGGGCACCUUCACACUGCACUGCUUAAGCAGCUUUUCCUAGGACCCACUCACUGCAGAUUUCAGUCUGUUAUAUGCACAGAUCAUCAGAGAAUAACCAGUCCCUAGCAGAACACUUCCUUUUUUUAUGCAUAGAUAUGCAGGUCAUUUUGGGGUUUUCCCCCCCCCUUUUUCUUUACAAAUCUAGAACACAAAAUAAGAAGUGAGAAGUUA